CCCGCGCGCGCGCCCGCGCCACGCUCCCACCGCUGCUUAUUCCGCCGCCGUAGUCAGCUCGUCCGCUGCCAGCAACGCUGUAAGAGCACGCAGCAUGAGCACGGAUGACGUGGUAGUGAUGGACUGCUUACAGUGUUAUCCAAUGCAGUUGUCGACGGCACCCAAUGUUAGUUGACGGCAAUGAAUCAUUGUUGCGUGAAAUGUCUGCGUUGAGGGCGCGGAGGGUACAGGAGGUGCGGAAGGCGCGGCGGGCGGGGGCGGGUCUCCGGGCGCGCGAAGCUAUGAGGAACUGCGACCGCCAGUCGCGCGCGACAUGCUGUCAUACGCGCACCUGGAGGAGGCGCUGUUUAAGGCAGGGGGAGAAUACAUGCACCGCAGUCCCGACCUAACACCCUCGCCCGAACGCCGCGAGGAUUCGUACCGCACGAUGCACUACGAGCCCUACUCACCGCCGCCCGCGCCGCAACCUUAUCACCACCUCGACAACGGCGUAGCGGAGAGCAGCGUAAGCAGCGGUGCGGCGUAUGCACGCUGCGGUGGUUACGCCAGUGGCAGCACGACGUACUACAGCAGUGGCGGAGAACUUGGACAACCACAAACAUGGGGUGGUUCAUCACCCGUCUAUUGUGGGAGCACUGUGCUUGGUGAUUAUGUGGAAGGCGAAAGUGGAGGUGAACCCGCCAGUGGUGGUACGCUUCCCGCUUUUAGUGCGCGCUUCGGAGGUGGCUUUGCCUCCACGUCACGCGCUCCCGCCACAGCCCCUGCUACCUACUCGCAGCCCGAGCUUUGGCGUGUCGAAUGCAGCUAUAGACCUCAGCUAUCCGCCGCCGCAAGUCUUUCUGCCAUGGAGCUGGCGGAGGUGGUGACGGAUAGCCGAGAGUGCGUCAACUGCGGCGCCGUGCACACACCGCUGUGGCGCCGCGACGGCACUGGCCACUACCUGUGCAACGCGUGCGGCCUCUACAACAAGAUGAACGGCAUGAACCGGCCGCUGAAGCAGCCCCGGCGGCUGGUACGUCAGCGGCACGCGGCGCAUCCCCCCGCCCCCGACAUGGGUACCAAGCGGCCAGGUAUGUCGUGCAGCAACUGCCAAACCACUACCACGUCAUUGUGGCGUCGCAACGCUCACGGUGAGACAGUUUGUAACGCUUGUGGGCUUUAUUACAAACUGCACAACAUCCCACGCCCCAUCGCCAUGAAGAAAGACUCAAUACAGACUCGAAAGCGCAAACCCAAGAACAGUAUGAAGGCGGAACGUCACUUAAGCAAGAGCAUAGUGCACGCGGUGCAACACGCCCCCCGCGCCCACCCUCCUCACACCGCACACUCGCCGCACAAUUCGCAAGCGCAACACUCUAUGCCGUCUUCCGUCGAAGUUAAAAACAACUGGCUGACGGAAAGGUUGAUGUCGGCUAUACAAACGCAGGAUAUCAAGCAAGAGCGUGAGGUGAAAAUAGAGAACUACGGCUAUGGCGGUCCCGUAAAGGUUGAAGAACCGCCACCGGCGCACGCGCACUACGCGCCGCCGUUGCACGCACACACGCACGCCCACGCGCACACACACGCGCACACACACAAGGAGUACUACGAGGAGGCGGCGUAUACGCACGCAGCGGACCCCGAACGGCCCACCGUUGUGUCCCUGGGCAGCUGAGCUCCUCGCCCCUCCCAACGCACAGAACAAACUCACGGAAUCUCCGCGAUAGAAUCUCACUCGCUUAGUAUCCUUAAGGUAUCUUCCGCUGCGUGAUUCGUGUUAUUCUCGCAAAAGUGGUCCUUAAUUUAUUUCCAAUAGGGUUGACACAAAACGUGUCUAUAGUGUAGUCGUAGUGGAGUCGCUAGUUGACCAAAUAAUGACAGUGCGCCAUGGCAGUACUGGCGUAUCAGUCCAAACAACUUUUAGUUACUAUUGCUUACAGAUGACUGUAAAAUGCCUGCUCUAUUUUAAUAUAACAAUGAUAAUGUAAUCCCACUAGUUACUUAUUUGUAAGUAAUCGUUACCAAAAUAAUGUAAUUAAAUUGAGACUGCGAAACAUUCCUAAGAUGAAUUCCUAAUUCGUUUAUAAAUUUUAUAAUUAAUUUUAGAGGCUACUAAGUACAAUAAAUAGGUGACCUUCAUGACUUCAUGUGUGCAUUCCACGAAUUUAUUAUAUAAGAUUAUACACGUUAUUCUAUAGUAAUAAUUAUUAAUUUUAUUCCUGUUGAUGUUCGCUCAAUUGUUGAAUGAAUGUGUUCAUAUUGUAGUUUUAAGCUCAAAAAGUAUGUAAACGUUCCUUAGAAAUAUAUUAUGGUUUUAAAUUAUAUUGACACGACAUGAUUAAUUUAUAUUAAUUUAAUGUCAUAAAAUUUUUUCAAAUGAUUUUCACGGUUGGAACAACAGGGCCUCUAGAAAAAAAAUACUAGCGAAAAUAAAAGAUGGUCCAUUUUUAAUAAAAUUUAAUAUUACGUUCCCGGGUGCCUGUCGCAAAGUAUAUUUGUAUAGAGGCAGAUAUUUGUUGAAUCACUAAGCGAGCUCAUAAACCAAAGUUAUUUUAAUAGUUGGUUUUAACUUUCUGUUGUAUAAAUAAAUUUUUUUAAUAUUAGUUACUAUACUUUGUUUUAAGCUAGAUAACAAAGGUGCAAAUGUAUUUUGACAUAAUAAUUUAAAUUUAAAAUAUUACAAAAUAUCUCGUUUCUUUACAAUGUCUCUUUUAUUUAGUGCCGAUUCAGAAUGACCCCGAAUAACUUUUUAAGCUGUGCACUAUGUACUAUGAGAUGCUGUAAAUGAAAUAUACAUAUUUAUAUAAUCAAGUGUUAAUCCAGUGGUAACAUCGAAGAGAUCUGAAGCCUCUCUGAAUGCGAACCGAAUUCUAUAUUUUAUUAGAGAUAUAUUUUAUAAAAGAUUUACCUGUAUGUUUAAUACCGACCUAAAAUGAAUCAAACUCCAUAAAUGCUAAUUCUAAUUAGUAUCAACUAGUUUUAUAUUGUUACCGGUAGAUGGCUCUGUACGUUAUAAUGCAGUUACAGAUGCCCGCUUUGUCGAAGAGGCAAAUUUUAGUAUAGAAUUUUAUUAUAUUGUUUUUGUACAUAAUAUUAGUUAUUAUAAUUUUAUCAAAUUGUCUUAUAAUAAACUCCAAUACCUACGAAA